AUUUUGUGAAGAGUUCAUUGAACAAAUUGCAAAUUAUUAAUAAAUCUCUUUUCCCUUUUUUUUAUAAUUACUGUACAAUUAUUCAGUGAACACUAAAGGAAUUAACCGGUGAGUAUAUUUGCUUGGUAAUUGAAUUUGUGAUUGUUGUUGGACGUAAUUGUAAUUAGAGUCUUUCAAGUUAAAGAAACGAUUAGUAAGAUUUCAUUAUAGAAAUAUCGCAUUUAAUAAGUAGAAAGUUAAAAGCGAGUUCAAGAAAGCUAUUCAAAACUGUUUGGUGCUGCUGGUUUAACAUUAAGAAGAUUGUAUUUACCAUCUUCAAAGCUCUCUUUGGUAUUAAAACGCGUUAGUAUACCCGAUACUAAUUUUGAAACACGUCUGAUUAUGGUAGCUGUAACUAGAUCAAGGACUACUAAAGUAGAAGUUAAGUCAAUUUUAGAGACAGAUGAUAAGAUAGUUGUUAAAAAGGUCACCAAGAAGACUACUAGUACCAAGAAGAAGGAUUCAACCCCCGCUUCACCAAAAAAGAAGGUUAAAGUCGAUAUAGAAGACGUUUUGUCUCAAAAGAUCGUCAUUCCCGAAGACUUGAAACUUCCAAAGGACUUUAUUGAUUUCCAUACUCCCGAAUUUAUUGAGGGAGUCAACUUCCUUCUUGAACAAGAUAGAUCUCUUUAUCCACUUAUUGUUCACGCUCCAUUCCGUCAGUAUGCCAAGGAAAAUGAUAGCCGAAACACCUAUACUAUUAAAAAGGUAGAAGGUGACCAGAUUAAUCAAUAUUGGUAUUCAUUAGUCAGCAGUGUUAUUAGUCAACAGAUCAGUGGAGGAGCUGCUAGAUCAAUUGAAAAUAAAUUCCGUAACUUAUUUGAAGAAGCCGGUGAAGAACUUGUACCAGCCAAUGUUUUAACGAAAUCCGAUGAGCAAUUAAGAGGGGUUGGCUUUUCCUUUCAAAAAAUCAAAUAUGUUAAACAUAUAAGUGAAGUCUUUAGUGAUCCAACUGCUAAUUUAAGUCAGUUGAAAUUUUAUCAGGAGACACCAUUAGAAGAAAUCGUUCAAGAAUUGAUUCGUUUGAAGGGUAUUGGAGCAUGGUCUGCUAAAAUGUUCGCUAUUUUCACCUUACGUGAAAUGGAUGUUUUUGCUCAUGAUGAUUUAGGAAUUGCAAGGGGUAUGUCCAAAUACUUAUUGCGCCGUCCUGAAUUAUAUGCUGAGGUUAAAAAACAUGUUGAUUCAGAUGAAGAUUUGAAAGGCUUAUUGAAGAAGAAGUCGUUAUUUGCAAAUAAAAGUGAUUCGAAACGUGAUUGGAAUCCUUACCAUGAUGUAUAUGUUAAGCAUACAGCUGAAAAAUUUAGUCCUUAUAGGUCCAUUUUUAUGUUUGUAUUAUGGAGGUUAAGUUCUACAAAUGUCGAUGUAUUAUUUACUUAGUUAAUAGAAUUGACAUCAUUGUUAUAGAAUCAUUAAGAGAAGGAGA